AUGGCGUCUCUCGGGGUGCGCCUGGCAGCCGAGGCGGCGGCAGUGCUGGUGGUGGUGGCUGCGGUGUUUUCGCUGCCGCCUAUCCCCCAAGAUCCAGUAUACCACUCCUAUGCCGGCGAUGAGCGCACCCUGCUGGGCAUUCCGCGGGGAGCCAACGUGCUGAGCAGCCUGCCGGUGGCAGCUCCCGGGGCGGCCGGGCUGUGGCGGUUGUGGCGGCUGUGGCGGCGCCGCGGCAGCGGCAGCGGCCGCGGCAGCGCAGCAGGCAGCGUGCCGGCGCCGGAGGCCGCCUGCUGGGUGGCUGCAUUGGUGGGAAUGAUGAUGGUGGGAGCCACAUCAGCCUACUAUCACUCAGAUCCCACCACAGCCACCCUGGUGUGGGACCGCGUCAGCAUCGCCACUUCCUUCCCCGCGGUGGCGGCGGCGCUGCUGGCGCAGCGGCGAGGCGGGGCCUGCGGCCUGGCGGCCCUGCCGCUGCUGCUGGCGGGUGGAAUCGGCAGCGUGCUGUACUGGCGGUACAGCGAGCUGGCAGGGCAGGGAGACCUGCGACCCUAUAUGCUUGCCCAGGGCGGCUCCGCCGUCGCCAGCUUGUACCUGGUCCUGGUCUACCCGCCGCCUCGGGGAAGCAGCAACCGCCCGCUGCUGGCUGGGCUCGGGCUGUAUGCGGUGGCGAUGGCGGCAGAGGCACGUGACCAUGCCGUGUACCGGCUCACCGCCCGGCUGAUUAGCGGCCACACGCUGAAGCACCUGGUCGCGGCGGCGGCGGAGUGGCAGGUGGUGCAGCACCUGCGGCGGCGCGGCGUGCACGAGGCGUGA